CAUAACGGGCGAGGCAGCCCACGUGGAAGAGCGGCGGACACUUUGACGAGGGGCGAUUGCAUACACAACGUUCGCGAUCGUCUCUGUGCGUCGAGGGAUAAUUCAUACGGAGUACGUUGCGACUACGCGGGGCGGACGGAAGCGUAGAGCAGCAUUUCGCACAGAUGUGCAUAGAUGUUCGACUUGUGUAGUCAGAGCAAUUUGAAAAGACAAGUCGAAUGACUCGGAAGUCUACUCCUGCGUAGCGACGGGCAGAGAAGCGCGGUUGUCGACAGGAACAGCCAGCCGAGUAUCGGCACACACAGACAAAGACACACACACAGAGACACAGACACACGCAGAGAAUCAAGAGACAAUUAAACAAACACGCAGAUACACAAAAAAAUAUGGACACACACGCAGACUAAAAAAACGAAAGACGCAGAUAGCCCAUACACAAACACAGAAGCACGCAAACAGACACACAGAGACAGACACACAGAGACGCACACAGAGACAGACAGACAGCGUCACAGCCGCAGGCUGUUAUAAGCUAGCACAGGCGAUGAGCACGUGGGCGCUGUGAGCACAGUCCACCUGACCGACGGAGGCCAGCUGGAGACAGCUCCGCAGGGAGGAGAGUCGAGCCGGAACCAUGGAAGCGGUGACUUCUCAGUGCCGAGGGCAGAGAGCCGUGCUCCCCAGGGUCCGGAGGAAACGCGACAGCGCCGGCCCGAGCCAGCUCAGCGACGUCAGGAAGACCUUGAAGCCCCUCAUGGAGAAGAGGAGGAGAGCCCGGAUUAACGAGAGCCUCAACCAGCUGAAGGGGCUCAUCCUGGAGGCUCCUCGCAAGGACAGCACCAGAUAUUCCAAGCUUGAGAAGGCCGACAUCCUGGAGAUGACAGUAAAGCACCUGCAGAGCCUCCAGAAGGGAAGUGGAGUUGCAGGCGAGGGGCUCAGCGAGGAGGCGAACUCGGGCCGCUACGGCGCGGGGUUCCACGACUGCGUGGUGCAGGUGGCGCGCUUCGUGGCCGCUUCGCCCGGCACGGCCGAGCGCGAGCCGCUCACCCGGCUCCUCGGGCACCUCCUGGAGUGCCUCAACCUGCACGGCGCCACCGCCAGGCUCGCGGGCGCCGCCGCCGGCCGCAGCCCCUCGUCCUCGUCCUCCUCCUCGUCCUCCUCCUCGUCCUCCUCCUCGUCACCGCCGCCAUCGCCGCCACCGAGCAUGGACGCGGCGACGAUGGAGGAACCGCCGCCGUCGCCGCCGCCGGACGUCCUCGCGAACAGAGCAGCGCAGGAGGAUGCGGCGCCACCGCCGCCGCCGCCGUCUCCGCCGAGGAUUUUCCCGAACCGUCGCCACCGCGGCCACGGGCGAGGGGACGAACGCGGCCCAAGCCCGGCCGAUCGCUCGGCCCCCGUGCCUCGGGAUGAACGGCGCGACUCCGUCUGGAGGCCCUGGUGAAGGCGGGGCGAGGCCGUCGUCUGUUCUGCCCUCCCUGUGACCCGAGUUUGGCCCACGUGGCUAUAAAGCCGUGUUUAGAAUUGGGAGACCUCUCACGCCAAACGCGGAAACUGCGAAUGCUGAAACACACCAUUCAAAUAUCAUGCACAGUCAAAUGAGCGUUGGUUUAGCAAAUGUAUGUUAAAGGUCAAAUAUUAUACAUUGGAACAAUGAGAGUAUGCUGAGUUUUGGGCCAACGGCGUCUUCUUGAAGAAUGUAAAAGAAUGGACUGCAUUGCAGCCCACACGCUCACCUGUAAAUAUUUUGCAUGGAGCCAUCUACUUCUAUUCUUCUUUUGUCUUUCUGUUUAUAAAACUUAACGGGAUUUAAUAAUAGGGUUUUUCCCCUUUUUUCUGGCAACAAAACUGAAACCUUUUUACAAGGAUUCAUGUCUGCAUUAACCACAAU